GAGGGACAUAUUAUAACUAUUUCUUAUUUGUGGCAUGUGAAGACAAUACAAGGGUUCUGGUUGGCUCAGACGUCAUACGGCUGAACAGCAUGGAAACAUAUUUCUGGCAGAGUCGUUCAGUUACAGGAGAAAGAGUUAUUUCGAACAAACCUUUAUCUGUGUUUGUGGGGAACAGAUGUACUUUGAUUACGUCUGCACAACACAGGCUUUGCGACCACUUCACAGAACAAGUUCCUCCAACAGUUACAUGGGGAACAAAGUUCUUGAGUGCUUCACUUGCAGCAGAUCAUCGGUGACUCUACCGUAUUCUCGCUGCACAAGCGUCCACGACAGUUACUGUCAGAUGCACCACCUUUGAUAGUUUUGUGACAAUUUGAUCCAACCAGGCUCCUGGCAAGAAUUUACCACUCCUGUAAUGAGCUACUGCUCAAUCACGUCUGACAAACCUCUCCUUGUGAUGCUGUUUGCACUUGGGUACGAAUCUGAUGAUGUGGAACACAUAUUCAUGAUGAUGAUCACUCCAGUUGAGCAGUAUGGCAAGAAUUAUGUUCUCAGUGCUCUGCAAGAAUUUUCAGCGAAUUUUAUCACUAUAUACGUCACAGCAAGGGAUUAUCAACGCCAUAAAUAUUUGUCGAUGAUGCAAACCUUGAGAACUCAACGUGGAACACUGUUUAUGACUCGAAUAAUGAGACUUGUGGCUACAUAACAUACGCAACUCUUGCACCAGGAGAUCACCAUGUCUACCAUGCAAGUAGUUCGUCACACGUCGGGGUUUCGGUGUAUGGAUUCACCACUGGUAACUCAUACGGAUACCCUGGAGGGCUGCAAAUUGAUACCCUUCAAAUUCCAGAGGCAGACUGUAAGGAAGGAGACGUGCGUCUGAUUGGUAGUGAAGUCACGACAACAGAAGGAUUAGUGGAGAUUUGUGUCCUUGGGACAUGGGGGACUGUUUGCGACAAUGGCUGGGAUGAUAACGAUGCUAGAGUUGUCUGCCGGCAACUCGGACUUGUGGAUGAAUUUGCUGAAGCAUUUAGUUAUGCUAGGUUUGGAAGUGGACAGGGACCAAUUCAUUUUCAUUAUUUGAGUUGCACCGGAGAGGAAGAAUCGCUGUUGGACUGUCGUCAUCGUGGAAUAGGAGUGCAUAGCUGUGGACAUAAUGAAGAUGCCAGUGUUAUGUGCUACCAAGAUACUGGUUGUGAAGAAGGGGAGAUCCGUCUGGCUGAUGGAAAUGCCACAGCAGGAAGAGUUGAGAUUUGCCUCAGUGGUGUAUGGGGUCGAGUGUGUGAUAACUCAUGGGAUAUUCACGAUGCUAGAGUUGCCUGCAGAAAACUUGGACUACCAAGUGGAUUUCCAAAGGCUUUCACUUGCUCUGCUAUUGGUUAUGAUGAAGGAGAAGGGCCGAUAAUACUGUCUAACUUACGCUGCAAUGGAGAUGAAGAGUCACUGAAUAACUGUACCCAUGAUGGGCACUCUUGUUACGACAGUGAAGCUGCUGGUGUUGUGUGUUCAAACAGAAGAGAAUGUGAAAUUGACGGACAAGUACGUCUGGUUGGUGGACAUGUUGUGACAGAAGGACGAGUGGAAGUGUGUUACAACGGCACAUGGGGCCAAGUAUGCGAUGACUAUUGGGGUAAUAAUGAUGCUAGAGUUGUCUGUAGACAACUGGGCUACUCUGAUCAAAUUUUCAGUAUACCAAGAUACACACCUUUUGGCGAGCUACAGCUCCAAUACAUCUGCACCAUGUACACUGCACUGGAGAUGAAGAGUCUCUCUUUCAAUGUCCAUAUAAUGGAGAUGGAAUUCAUGACUGUGGAAUCUAUGAUGAGGCUACAAUUAAGUGUUAUAAUGAAACUGAUUGUGAAGAUGGAGAAGUGCGUCUGGCCGGUGGAAAUGCCACAGAAGGAAGAGUGGAAGUUUGUUUCGGUGGUAUAUGGGGAACCGUGUGUAAUACCUACUGGGAUAUCCACGAUGCUAAAGUUGUUUGCAGUAACCUUGGACUGCCAAGUGCAUUUCCAAAGGCACUUGUCAGUGUUUCAUACACAUAUGGCGGAGGAGAAGGGCCAAUUCUUCUGUCAAAUUUGCUCUGCAAUGGAGAUGAGGGAUCACUGAGCAGUUGUGGUCACAGAGGAGUGGGGACACACAGUUGCUCCAGUAGUAAUAUUGUUGGCGUCGUGUGUUCAAAUGUGCGUGAAUGUGAAAGUGGACAAGUAUGUCUGAUUGGUGGAGAUGCCGGGACAGAAGGACGUGUGGAAGUUUGUGUCAACGGCACAUGGGGUCGAGUAUGUCGUGACUCUUGGGAUGAUAAUGAUGCUAGAGUUGUCUGUAGACAACUGGGCCACUCCGAUCAAUUUUCAAGAGCUCAGCGAUAUUAUACGAGUUUGGGAAAAGCCUCAAUUCAUCUGGAUAAUGUACACUGUGCUGGAGAUGAAGACUCACUUUUUGACUGUCGUCAUAAUGGAGUCGGAAUUCAUGACUGUGGAGGCGAUGAUGAUGCUGGAGUUUUCUGUUAUGAUGAUGCUGGAUGUGAAGAUGGAGAUAUACGUCUAGCUGACGGAAAUGCAACAGCUGGAAGAGUGGAAGUUUGUUUAAAUGGUGUAUGGGGUGUUGUUUGUGAUGACUCAUGGGAUAUUCACGACGCUAGAGUUGCCUGCAAAAAACUUGGACUACCAAGUUCAUAUCCAAAGGCACUUCCAGGUUCUACAUAUUAUGGAGAUGGGCCAAAGUUACUUGGAAGUUUACUGUGCAACGGAGAUGAGGAAUCACUACUGGACUGCCCUCGUGGCAGUGCUGGAAAUUACUAUUGCAGCAGUUAUUCUGAAAUUGCCAGUAUUGUCUGUUCAAAUGGUGAGUAAAACUGUCCUACUUCGUGUCUCAUCUUCUGUGUCUGGCCGCUGUGGAAAGCACACACCUACUGAACCAGACAGUUUACUAACUGGGGUUCAGUGUAGUAGACAUGCCCCCAAACAUAAUUGCAUAACCUAACCUCAUUAACUUUAAACCCC